CAUAGAGGGACGCUGAAAUAGCCCGAUUUUCGAGGUAUGAGAAAAACGCGCCUUUGGCCCCAGGAUAUAUACCACCGCGUUAAACGGACCUAAGGAUUUGACUGAACGCAAGGAACGCAGCGCAAAGACGAGCCGAAAAGCGCCCGUCCCGCUGAUGUUCACCUAGCUGAGAUUGAAGAAAGACACGACGACCACCAUGGCAGCGUCGGAGCUGUAUACGAAGUAUGCACGGGUGUGGAUCCCCGACCCUGAGGAGGUGUGGAAGUCAGCUGAGCUCACUAAAGACUACAAACAGGGAGACACCGUACUACACCUGCAGCUGGAAGAUGGUUCGGACCUACAGCACAAGUUGGACCCGAAUACAAAGACCCUGCCACACCUGCGGAACCCGGACAUCCUGGUGGGGGAGAACGACCUGACGGCGCUCAGCUACCUGCACGAACCCGCUGUCCUGCACAACCUCAAAGUGCGCUUUAUCGACUCCAAACUCAUCUACACGUACUGCGGUAUUGUCCUGGUAGCCAUUAACCCCUACGAGACGCUGCCCAUCUAUGGGACUGACAUCAUCAACGCAUACAGUGGCCAGAAUAUGGGGGACAUGGACCCCCACAUAUUUGCUGUAGCAGAGGAGGCCUACAAACAGAUGGCCAGAGACGAGAGGAACCAGUCCAUCAUUGUCAGCGGCGAGUCCGGCGCAGGGAAGACGGUGUCAGCGAAGUACGCCAUGCGCUACUUCGCCACAGUUAGCGGGUCAGCCAGCGAGGCUAACGUGGAGGAGAAAGUUCUGGCCUCCAACCCCAUCAUGGAGGCCAUAGGGAACGCCAAGACGACCCGCAAUGACAACAGCAGUCGCUUUGGGAAGUACAUUGAGAUAGGCUUUGAUAAGAGGUUCCACAUCAUUGGAGCCAACAUGAGGACCUACCUGCUAGAGAAAUCCCGGGUCGUAUUCCAGGCGGAUGAGGAGAGGAACUACCACAUCUUCUACCAGCUCUGUGCUUCCUCCCGCCUCCCAGAAUUUAAGGCCCUGAAGCUAGGCACCGCAAAUGAUUUCCACUACACCAAACAGGGCCGUAACCCGGUGAUCGAUGGAGUGAACGAUGCAAAGGAAAUGUGCACCACAAGGAGCGCCUUCAGUCUGCUGGGGAUUACCGAGUUGUAUCAGAUGGGCCUGUUCCAGGUGUUGGCAGCUAUCCUGCAUCUGGGCAACGUGGAGGUGAAGGACAGAGAUUCAGACAGCAGCAUUAUACCGCCGAAUAACAACCACCUGAUGGUGUUCUGUGACCUGAUGGGUGUGGCCUACCAAGACAUGUCCCACUGGCUCUGCCACAGGAAGCUGAAGACAGCGACAGAGACCUACAUCAAGCCCGUGCCCAGGCUGCAGGCGGUGAACGCCCGCGAUGCCCUGGCCAAGCACAUCUAUGCCAAGCUCUUCACCUGGAUCGUGGAGCACAUCAACCAGGCUCUCCACUCCACCAGCAAGCAGCACUCCUUCAUCGGAGUCCUGGACAUUUACGGGUUUGAAACUUUUGAGAUCAACAGUUUUGAGCAGUUUUGUAUCAAUUAUGCCAAUGAGAAGCUCCAGCAGCAGUUUAACAUGCAUGUUUUCAAGCUGGAGCAGGAAGAGUACAUGAAGGAGCAGAUUCCCUGGACCCUCAUCGACUUCUACGAUAACCAGCCCUGCAUAAACCUGAUCGAGGCCAAGAUGGGCAUCCUCGACCUCUUGGACGAGGAGUGCAGGAUGCCUAAAGGAUCUGAUGACUCUUGGGCUCAGAAGCUCUAUAACACUCAUCUGAAGACGUGUGGACUGUUUGAGAAGCCACGCAUGUCCAAUAGGGCCUUUAUUAUUCAGCACUUUGCAGACAAGGUUGAGUACCAGUGUGAAGGUUUUUUGGAGAAAAACAAAGACACGGUGAAUGAAGAACAGAUUCACGUGCUGAAGGCCAGUAAGAAGUUUGACCUGCUGGUGGAGCUGUUCCAGGACGAGGAGAAAGUCACCAGCCCAACUGGAGCUGGUCCUCCCACAGGGGGGCGCACUCGCCUCAGUGUGAAACCAGACAAAGGCAAGUCUGUCCAGGCCAGCAAGGAACACAAGAAGACCGUUGGGCUACAGUUCCGGAACUCUCUCCAGCUCCUGAUGGAGACGUUGAACGCCACAACACCGCACUACGUCCGCUGCAUUAAACCCAACGACUACAAAUUUGCUUUCACGUUUGACCCCAAGAGGGCAGUGCAGCAGUUGCGAGCGUGUGGCGUGUUGGAGACGAUCCGUAUCUCUGCAGCAGGGUUCCCGUCCAGGUGGACCUACCAGGAGUUCUUCAGCCGCUACCGGGUUCUGAUGAAGCAGAAGGACGUCCAGUCAGACAAGAAGAUGACCUGCAAGAAUGUUCUAGAAAAGCUGGUCCAAGAUCCAGACAAGUACCAGUUUGGCAAGACAAAGAUCUUUUUCCGGGCGGGACAGGUGGCUUACCUGGAGAAGCUCCGUGCGGAUAAACUGCGUGCCGCCUGCAUCCGCAUCCAGAAGACCAUCCGCUGCUGGCUGGCACGUAAGAAGUACCUGCGUGUGAAACGGGCGGCCAUCACCAUCCAGACGCACGUGAGAGGACACCAGGCCCGAUGCCUGGCCACUUUCCUGCGCCGGACGAGAGCCGCCAUCGUCAUCCAAAAGUACCAGCGCAUGUAUGUGCAGAGGACACGCUAUCAGCGCAUGCAAGCUGCAGCCCUCGCUGUGCAGUGUAUUCUCCGAGCAUAUGUGGCCAGACAGCAGUACAAGGCGCUUCUGCGGGAACACAAGGCCAUCAUCAUCCAGAAGAUGGUGCGCGGCUGGCUGGCGCGUCAGUGGUACCAGCGCUCUCUGGAGGCCGUGGUCUACCUGCAGUGCUGCGUGCGCCGCAUGCGCGCCCGGCGCGAGCUGAAGAAGCUGAAGAUCGAGGCGCGCUCCGUCGAGCACUACAAGAAGCUCAACAUCGGCAUGGAGAACAAGAUCAUGCAGCUGCAACGUCGCAUCGAUGAGCAGAACAAGGAGAACCGCACGCUGAGCGAGCGCUUGAGCAGCACAGAGAGCACGCACGCUGCCGAGAGCGAGCGCACGCGGCGGGAGCUGACGCGGCUCCGCGGUGCAGAAGACGAGGCCAGGAACAGCGCCAACCGCGUGGCCAGCCUGCAGGAGGAGCUAGAGCGCCUCAAGGUGGAGCUGCAGAGCACGCAGAAGGAGAAGAAGGCCAUCGAGGACUGGGCCCAGACGUACCAGGACGAGAUGGAGCAGAUGAUCUCUGAGCUAAAGGAACAGAACCAUCUACUGAAGAAUGAAAAAAAUGACCUGAACCGGCUGAUUCAGGAACAGGGCCAACAGUGGACAGAGAAAAUGCAGAGGGCGCUGAAGGAGGAGACAUCUCAGCUGGAGAGUGAUCUAAACGAGGAGCGCUCUCGCUAUCAAAAUCUCCUCACAGAGCACCUCCGCCUGGAGGAGAAAUAUGAUGACCUGAAAGAGGAGAUGACUCUUACCAUGAAUGUCCCCAAACCGGGUCACAGGCGAACUGACUCCGCCCACAGCAGCAACGAAUCUGAAUACACAUACGAGUCCGAGGAGGGGUCCCGCGGAAUGGAGGACGUGACCAAGGGCGCGCUGGACAUGGCUCUGGUCCUGAAGUUACAGAAACGUGUGUCAGAGCUGGAACAGGAAAAGCAGGGUCUACAGAAUGAGCUCGACCGCAGAGAAGAGCAGUUUCAGCGGGCUAGAGCCAGGGACGAUGAACAGCAUAAGAAAGCUCGCAGUGCAGAACUGGAGUACGAGUCUCUCAAGCGCCAGGAGCUUGAAUCUGAGAAUAAGAAGUUGAGACACGACCUGAGUGAGAUGCGCCAGUCCUUGAUGGGCAGUGUGGGUGCCAGCUCAGCCGCGCCAGGUUCACCCGCAUACAAGGUUCUCCUGGACCAGCUCAACGCCUCCACCGAGGAGCUGGAGGUCCGCAAGGAGGAGGUGCUCAUCCUCCGUUCGCAGCUCGUCAGUCAGAAGGAAGCCAUGCAACACAAGGACGAGAAGGAGACCAUGACUGACUCAUUACACUACGUGGAGGAUGUACAGAAGCUCACUGAUGCUAAAGAGAUCUCUCAGGCUUACAUGGGCCUCAAAGACACAAACAGAUCCCCUAGGUUUCUGCGAAAGCCACUCGCGGUGAAUGAGCUGGAGAAUAGGCUGAGAGCCCCCCUUCCUGACAUGCAUAAGAUCAAUGAGGACGGAGAGCUGUGGCUGGUGUAUGAGGGCUUGAAGGAGACCAACAGGCUGCUGGAGUUGCAGCUGCAGUCGCAGCGGCGCUCCCACGAGGCUGAGAUGGAGGCACUGCGAGGCGAGCUGCAGACUGUGAAGGAGGAGAACCACCGUCAGCAGCAGCUGCUGGCACAGAACCUGCAGCUCCCCCCCGAGGCACGCAUCGAGGCCAGCCUGCAGCACGAGAUCACCCGCCUCACCAACGAGAACCUGAUGCUUCCAACUGAGGACCCAAAAGUCUACAGAACCAACAAACUGCGGAGAAUGAUUGACCUCUUGGAGCAGCUGGAGAAGCAGGACAAGACAGUUCGCAAGCUGAAGAAACAACUCAAAGUGUUUGCCAAGAAGAUCAGCGACCUGGAAGGUGGGCAGAUCGAGAACGUGUCUCCAGGUCAGAUGGCGGAUGAGCCGAUGCACCCGGUGAACAUUCCACGCAGGGAGAAGGACUUCCAGGGAAUGCUGGAGUACAAGAAAGAGGACGAACUCAAACUAGUGAAGAACCUGAUACUGGAGCUGAAACCCCGUGGUGUGGCGGUGAAUCUGAUUCCUGGGUUGCCAGCCUACAUCCUCUUCAUGUGUCUACGACAUGCUGACUACCUCAACGAUGACCAGAAAGUCCGAUCACUGCUCACCUCCGUCAUCAACAGCAUCAAAAAGAUCCUCAAAAAAAGAGGUGAUGACUUUGAGACCGUGUCCUUCUGGCUGGCCAACACCUGCCGCUUUCUGCACUGUCUGAAACAGUACAGUGGGGAUGAGCAAUUUAUGAAGUACAACACCCCCAAGCAGAAUGAUCACUGUCUGUCUAACUUUGACCUGGCGGAGUACAGGCAGGUUCUGAGUGACCUCGCCAUCCAGAUCUACCAGCAACUCAUCAAGUGCAUGGAGAACAUCCUGCAGCCCAUGAUCGUCUCUGGGAUGCUGGAGCAUGAGACCAUCCAGGGCGUGUCAGGAGUGAAGCCCACAGGUCUGCGCAAACGCACAUCCAGCAUCGCUGACGAGGGCACCUAUACGCUGGACUCCAUCCUGCGCCAGCUCAGCUCCUUCCACGCCACCAUGUGCCAGCAUGGCACUGACCCCGAGCUCAUCAAACAGGUGGUGAAGCAGCAGUUCUACAUCAUCGGCGCCGUGACCCUUAACAACCUGCUGCUUCGCAAGGACAUGUGCUCCUGGAGCAAGGGCAUGCAGAUCCGCUAUAACGUGAGUCAGCUGGAGGAGUGGCUGAGAGAUAAGAAUUUGAUGGUGUGUGGAGCGAAGGAGACCCUGGAGCCUCUGAUCCAGGCCGCUCAGCUGUUGCAGGUCAAGAAGAAAACAGACGAAGAUGCAGAGGCUAUCUGUUCUAUGUGUAACACCCUGACUACUGCUCAGAUUGUGAAGGUACUGAACCUGUACACACCAGUCAAUGCGUUUGAGGAGAGAGUGUCUGUGACAUUCAUACGAACCAUACAGAAUCGUCUGCGUGAUCGUAAAGAAUCUCCACAGCUCCUGCUGGACACCAAAACUAUCUACCCGGUGACCUUCCCAUUUAGCCCCUCCUCCCUCGCCCUGGAGACCAUUCAGAUCCCCAGCAGCCUCAGCCUUGGCUUCCUCACUCGUGUGUAGACCUGUCCGUCAUGCCACCAAGCUCAGUGAAGUGGCUUUCACAUCAUGUUACAGAUCCGUCUACAACCGAUCUCGCUUCCCCCCCCCCCAUUCUAGAUCAUAAAACGCUGAAAGACCAGAGUGAUGGUGUACAGCGGCAGAAGGGCAGAGCUGUCCAAUCACAUGCUCUCGUUAGCUUCACCACAGCUGUGGUGUCUACAUCUCCGUUAAACGCUCUGCACUUGUCCCUUGCCGCUACCAUAUAUUUCUCCAUAGCUGUAUAAGACUGAGUCAUGCUAGAAGAUUUUAUUUAUUGCUCUAACACAUUUUGUAAUUUAGAUCAAGCUGAACGCUGAUUUAAACAGAUAUGACUAUUUGUGGAUUCCGGAUAAGCCAGUCCACAUCAGGAUAUGUAACUUUAGUCUUCUAUUACGUCCAUGUCAGGUAUCGUAUAAAUAAUGUAGAAUAAUUUUAAAACAACGCUACACCACAUUUGUUUAAUGUAGAUGUUUUUGUUUUUGUAUGUUUGUUUUGUUAGACCACGUGGAGAGUGGUGGUAGUUUUAGAGUAUGUAGGUAGUUGAGUCUCACGUAACGUUUAAUGAUAUGCACACCUGCACCGUGGUACAGGCAGGGACAUCUGUUCCUCAACCGCUGACAUUCGUCUCCUGCUCCAGCUUGGGGUUAAGGGUUAUGCGUUAAGGGUUUGGG